AUUUUUGCGACUAAUAAAGUGGAUCAUUUUGAAUUGUUUUCAUUUUAAUGGGAAUAAGUGUUUUCACCAAAGCUUAGGGAUUUAUAUUAUUUAUCUUAUGAUUUGCGUAAAUAACUUAAGUAAAUCAGAAUCUACAAAUUUACAGUACAUUGCAUAAUUUGAGAGUAUUCCAUAUUAUUUAUGAUUUUAUAAUUUUAUUAGGGUGCAUUUGUUAGUAAGAAGGGAACCAGAAGAAUAUUUUGCGAGUACAUGUUACCAAUUAAUAUAGUUUAGUAUUCUCGUUUACGCAGCCUCGGAUCGGGGUGUAGGUUUGGAUAUGAUUAUUAAAACUGCUUCAGGUCCUUUCGAGAGCAGAAACAAAAAUUGAAGUGUUUGGGUGGAAGUGGAGAAAUUACUCUGAUUUACUCCUAGAAUCAUUUUUUUAGAAUCCGGGAGAGACCAACUUCUGAAAACUGAUUCUGAUUCUGCUUCUUUAAAAAAGAAGCAGCGGCAGAAUGAGUUCCAAACACCCCUCGAAAUACUGAUGAAUUUCUUAACCGCCCGCCUCAAAUAUUCUUCUUGUUCCGCCCCUGGCAAACUAAAGUUGUUAAUCAAUUAUAAUCCCUCUAUCCCAUCUCUCUAUUAUUCAUCCAAAUUCUUCAGACUGAAAAUAUUUAAUCAAUCUUAUGUCCGAGUUUAUAUCCAGAAAAAUUUCAGCCUUUUCAAUUUCAUUUAAUACAUUCCAUUCCGUAUUGAGAUCUGCUACAAUAAUUUCGAUUCCGUAGUAAGGUUACAGAAUUGAACUUUAAUUUAUGCAACCUGUACGUCCUUGAUCUAUACGAUCUAAUUGAGAUGGGUGAUACUGUCAUUUAUUCUUCCAUAAUUCGAAACACUGAUAACAGUUUGUAUAUUCACUCUUCACUCUUUGCAGGUACCAGGUGACUCCCCACUCUAUCAUUAAGAUAUUGGUGGCCCUUAGAGAUAAGGAUGGUAUUGGAAUGCAUAGAAUGGAUUUUUCACACAUGGAAUGACUAUAUUCAGAGGAGGAAAGUUGGAUAUAUUCCUAAAGAAAUUGUUUUCGAAAUACUGAGUAGGCUUCCGGCAGAUGAAGUUCUCAAAUGUCAACGGGUCUCCAAAGAAUGGAAGGAAAUUAUCAUCCACUCUCCUCUAUUCUCUCAAACCCAACUCUCAAGAGCUUCUCCAAUUAUCCUUGUACAAUACGUAUGUCCGUUUUUAGGUGCGGGCAAAAUGCAAUUAUAUUUUCUUGAUGAAGGUGCCAAAAAGAAGGAUAAGAUGAUGGAAAAUGUGUACACUAAGCCCACACUCAGCGUGCUAAAGGUCCUAUGCAUUCUUAUUUUUAGCUAUAAUGGGUUUCUCAUAUUCGACGAACAUAUAGCGUGGAAUCACACAUCCGAGUUCUUUAUUUACAACCCGAUUACACGAGAAGAAGUAGCCAUCCGAAAACCGGUGAAGAGAGGAGGUCGUGUUUGUGGUAUGUAUCUUCACCCCUCGACAGGGGAGUACAGGUUCAUUUAUUGCAUAUUUGGGGAGAAUGGGGUGGGGCGGCAUAAGUAUGUGAUAGGUUGCCGUGGUGGUGGUAACGUGAAAUGGAGAGAGGUUUGCUCUCUUAGGUAUACACCAAGUUUCCCGGCAGCUCCUGUGAUCUUGAAUGACAUUAUUUACUGGGUUGUUAACAAGACCAAAGCAAUCAAGACACAGUCUUAUCCUUCUGUCUGCGCAGCAUCUGUACUCACUUUUGACACAGAAACUGAAGAGUUACGAGUUAUGCCCCAUCCUGGCCGCACAUGUACUAAUAGCAAUAGUUGUCAACUUUAUGACACUGAAAAUAUACAACUCCUAGAAAUGGAGAACAAGCUGGUGUUUUGUCAUCAAUCCUGGAAAUGCAUACGCAUUUGGAUGCUUGAAGACCCUAUAGAGUGGCAUUGGGUUAUGAGGUAUAGUGUCAGCUUUCACUGGGUUUCUCCUUACUUUAAGGGUAUAUCUGCUCGCCGGGAAAUAAAGCUGUUGAGAAUCCGAGAUGGGGAACUCCUACUUUGUUGGUAUACCACCGGUUUGUUUUUAUAUCACCUAGAACUGCAUACCGUGAGGAAACUGGACCUGGGAAUUAAAAAAACCGGACCUUAUGGGACCUACACUUGUGAUAGCUUUGCCUAUUGUAACUUCGCUUCGUACACCAAAAGCUUGGAGUCGUGGACAAAGGAUGCAUGAUAAUGUUUGUUUGUUUGGACUAACCAUGCAUUUUAUGUCAAUUUAUUUUUUUUUAACUUGUGCAAUACGUAGUAUAAUAUAUUAUGGACAUGGCAAUGUAUUUAACAUUUACUUACAUAAUCUUUAUAUUUAAUAUUAAUAAUUUGUUUUAAAGUUUAAACUAA